UGAUAUACUAGUAACAAUUUUCUCUGUUUUGAGGCAUGGACGCUGUCUGCUUGUUCAACGUGAUGCGUAGAGAGCACUGUGAACAUGUGAUUGUGAGAGUCCUGUUGAGUUGUUCUGACACCGCCUUGCACCUAGGUAUCAAUCUUAUAGUACGUUGGAUUUUUUCUGUCACACUCACAACGGCUGGUCUGUUCUCAGAGAGUGUACGUGCCUGCGCUAGAGAUCAUUUUUUCUGUUCCUUGAGAGUGCUUUGCGUAAUUGUGAGUUCUGUCACGAGUGACGAAGGCUCUUAGAAGUUCAUCAUCCAAUCACUGUCAGUGAGUGACCAUGUAAAAGAUCAAUGACACUUUCUUCACAAACGAUCUCUAUUUACGUUUUUUAUGUACAGGUCGGAGUCCCAUUUCCCCCCGCGCCCUCUACCAAAUAGACUAAAUCCCAAGUAAUUCGUGUUUGUUCGUAUAUGAUUCCUUCACAACGACUAUCUUUUGAACUUGAAUUUUUUUUAUGAGGAAACCACAAAUCUUGUUGACACCGAAUUUUGUUGCCGCCCCCUAGUUUUUUAACUUUUUGCAUGAAGAUCAGCAAAAAUGGCGCCAGGUGGUGGUGGUCCCUCAGAGGACAUUAAACAGUUGCGUAAACGCUUCUCAAAGAAAAAGCCCGAGGACCCAAACAAGGGAGUACGCAUCAUCACAGUGCCAGAGUACUAAUAUUUUUUUCGAUUAUGUUUUUUUUUGUUUUGGUUUGCUUUUGUUUCAUGGAGAAGUCAGAUUCGAACAACGUUGUGACAUUUUUGCAGUUUCCAUUCCUACGAACAAUUUCUUCCAACAUCCAUUUCUCAAUAUUUCCCCAAACACCAGGUCUGUGAUGAUUGGUUUUACGCCGCGGACGAUGUGGCCAUGGGGUUUCGACGGCUGUGGAGACGGAAAUGCAAAAUUCUCAUUACCAGUAGGCUACGAGUAUGAUCAGCGACUGGAAGAGACCGUCGAUGACCUAAAUGCGGUGCCCAAGGUGCAGAUGGCAGCAGUCAACGUCGCAAGCUUUAUUGGUACAUGUCUUUAUCGAAAGACUUCGAACAAGUUCGUCAGCUUAAGAUUCAACUUUCGUAGCAGUGUUGUUGCUGUAGUUGCACCGCAUGCUUAGCGCAAGAGAUUAGGUCCUUUUCAUCUCUCUUAAAUUGAGAAUUUACGAAGCAUUAGCGUUAGGAAUUGUUUCUCGUUCGUUGAUCACAUCACAUCACAAACAGGUUUCGGAUGCCUCUGCGGGUUGAUCGUGGUUAUGAACUUGUCGCUGUCUGACAUGAUACCCGUGAUGAUUUUGGCGAUUUUGGGCGUGAUGCUCAUCGUUAUUCCGCUGAUUCUGACCGUACGAUACCGUCUCAAGGUUAGUGCUGUCAUGGAUUACAUUAAAAGGCUGAAAAAGAAGAUACCAGCGGAAAAAGGCGUGAUCCAUCACGAACAACUUGAGUACUGAUUUUUUCUCCCACAUAAUCGUAGUCCAUCUGCUAGAGAAGCAAAAGUGCGCUCCCCAUCUAAAUGACUUAAAAGGAUUGAGAUUCCUCCUGAAAUUGUACUUAGAGUUCAUCAUUUAUCCCUCAAAUUAAAGGUAUGGCCGAGCGGAGGUAUGGAACAUGACUUUUGUGGGACAUCGAACCGGUCUAACGCAGCGGACAGCAAUUGCGGCUGAGAUCUUCAUUCAGGAUCAAGCAUCUCGCGUCAUCGAGAAAGCGGAACAAGAAAAAACUGCGUACUUACAAUAUCUAUUUUUGAGCGAGUUGCUAUUAAGUAUUUGGUUUGGAAACGGAACGUAGAUUUAGAUAGCUAUUGUGAAUCUUCUCUCGCCUCUUUGGAUCUGGCUUGAAAAUGAAUCUAAAAACUUGAAAUUCUACAUUGAAUUCUCAAUUCAGGCAACAAGGCAAGUUGUUCAAGGUUGACGCCAUGUCCCAGAGGCGAGACGCAGUCGCGGAACAGCUGAAAGUGGCAAGGGCAACGCAGUUUUUGCGUGCGAUUAACCUGGGACGCUUGUCCGGGCAGUUCAGGCGGGCCCGACUGACAUUUGAGAAGAUUACGAGACUCACGGACACUGACUGGCGAGAGUUGGGCAUUGACCGGACGGAGGUCAAGCUAAUCAAGAGCCAACUAACUGGCUAUUUGGAGGACGAGAGGAGAAUCUUGGCCAAGGACCAAGAAGACUACAUGAAAGAGCGGAGCAGCAGCGAUAAAAAGAACAAGAAGAAAACGCCAAAAAUGCUCUAGAUCUAUUAUCGGAGAAGUAUGAAUUAGAAUGCCAGGUGAAAGUGGUUUGUUGGCUUUGAGACGAAGCUUCAUGCCGAUCUUUGAGGAGGAGAAGAACAGAGCAAGAGCAGGGGCGUUGAUGUAUAGCACAGGAGUUUGAACGGAAAAUUUUAGAAACUAUUGUUCCCUAAAGUCAUUAUGGCCAAAUUUAUUGUAAAUUGGAGAAAAACCACCUUUCCAUUCAAUGAUUAUUCUACAUAUUACCAGUAGCAGAGAUGAAGUAUUAACGCAAGAAUUCACAUUACGUAGCACGUUCUUGAAUUAGUAGCUGUAGUUCUUUGUUCUCAGCAAGGUCGUUGCACACAUAACGUUAGCUUUGUAUGGAUCUUGGAUGCCAUACUAUUUCUUUGGGAAAUCGUGUCGACUUCGAGAUGUCUGCGCAUAAUAGCUUUGGGCUUAUACAUACAGACUACGAACCAAAUGCACUUGAGUAUCAUGAACAUGAUAGUUGAAGAGCCUCGUUGCUCGCAAAUGAAUUUACGCUAGAGUCUUCCUACCGAAAAACAACUUGAAGUGGAUUUGGAGCAGGUGUAUAGAACUGCGAAUGAAUAGCAGAGAAUGGCAAGAAACGCACCAUACGACGAGCGACUCAUACAGGUUUUCAAUAUUUCAGGACAAUACCAAGGAGCAAGUGCUUUCUACUAUCAAGGUACUACUGUACGAAAAAUUUUUGGAGUUCUGAGGGGAGCUAGAUGAUGCGGCAGCUUUGCAUAAUAGGUAUUCAUUGGAUUCCGAUGCGGCGACACUAAUGAGAGUAAUCCAAGAGUCAUCAAAGACAUUUUUCUACGGUCAGUGGACUAUACCGCGAAGUGCCCAUCUAGACGCGUUCAGAUGACGUGUUCUUCUAG